CAUGCGCAGAAGUAUGAAAUUAUAGCUUUUCGUAUCGUCGUAAAUCAGUGAAAUCGUAGUUGUUAAUUGAAAACUCUGUAGAUAUCUGUUAAAAUUAUAUCUUGGCAUUAAUUCUUAGUAAUAUGUAUCGUUCAAAAUUGUCUCUCCUUACUAUAAAGAAACUGUCCCGACAACUACGAAUAAAUCAAACGGCAAGAUAUGCAACCAAUUCAAGCAUGCCUGAGGAUUGGGUUAAAAUGGCGAGAAAAGUCCUUAAAGGCAAGGAUCCAAUGGAAGUUUUAGCCUGGCAUACUGCUGAAGGUAUAACAAUGAAACCUCUUUACUCAAAAGGGGAUACUAAAGAUGUUCCAGAUGAGUUGCCUGGAAUUUUUCCUUACACUCGAGGGCCUUAUCCAACUAUGUACUCUCAAAGGCCAUGGACUAUACGUCAGUACGCUGGUUUUAGUACCGUUGAAGAGAGUAAUGCCUUCUACAAAGAGAACAUUCGAAUGGGUCAACAAGGUCUCUCUGUUGCUUUUGAUCUCGCUACCCACUGUGGAUAUGAUUCUGAUAAUGAAAGAGUUCUGGGUGAUGUUGGCAUGGCUGGUGUCGCUGUAGAUUCUGUGGAGGAUAUGAAAGCUCUCUUUGAUGGGAUUCCAUUGGAUAAGAUUUCUGUUUCUAUGACAAUGAAUGGAGCAGUUAUUCCGGUUUUAGCCAUGUUUAUAGUUGCUGGAGAAGAACAGGGUGUUAAAAAGGAGCAGCUUGCUGGUACCAUUCAAAAUGAUAUUUUAAAAGAAUUUAUGGUACGAAAUACUUACAUAUAUCCACCAGAUCAUUCUAUGAGAAUUAUUGGCGACAUUUUUGAAUAUGUGUCACAGAACUUGCCCAAAUUCAACUCUAUCUCAAUCUCUGGAUACCAUAUUCAAGAAGCAGGAGCAAAUGCAACACUAGAACUUGCUUUUACAAUUGCUGAUGGUUUAGAAUAUGCUAGAACUGGCUUAAAAGCUGGUUUAAGUAUUGAUGAUUUUGCACCUCGCCUGUCUUUCUUUUGGGGGAUUGGAAUGAAUUUUUACAUGGAAAUUGCCAAAAUGAGAGCUGCUCGUCGUCUAUGGGCUCACUUAAUCAAAGAGAAAUUCAACCCUAAAGAUAACAAAUCUUUGAUGUUAAGAACCCAUUGUCAGACUUCAGGGUGGUCAUUGACUGAACAGGAUCCAUACAACAAUAUCAUACGUACAACAGUUGAAGCCAUGGCUGCUGUAUUUGGUGGUACACAGUCACUACACACAAAUGCUUUUGAUGAAGCUCUUGCCUUACCUACCAAAUUUAGUGCCAGGAUUGCUCGAAAUACUCAGAUCAUAUUACAAGAGGAAACUGGCAUUCCACAUAUCAUAGAUCCUUGGGCUGGUUCUUAUAUGAUGGAAUCUUUGACAAAUGAAGUUUAUAAUGAAGCACUAAAAAUUAUAGAAGAGGUUGAAGCCAUGGGUGGAAUGGCCAAAGCUGUUGUUAGUGGCAUGCCCAAGUUAAGAAUUGAAGAAUGUGCUGCUAAAAGACAGGCUCGUAUUGAUAGUGGAAAGGAGGUGAUAGUUGGUGUGAACAAAUAUCAAAAGGACAAAGAGGAUCCAAUUGAUGUGCUAGUAAUUGAUAAUACAAAAGUGUGUGCAUUACAAAUUGAAAAACUUAAGAAGAUCAAAGCAACAAGAGACACAGAAAAGUGUCAGCAGUCAUUAGCAGCCAUCACAGAAUGUGCCAAAACUGGAAGUGGUAAUCUUCUAGGAUUAGCUGUUGAUGCAUCAAGGGCUCGAGCUACUGUAGGAGAAAUAACACAAGCUAUGGAAGCUGUCUUUGGAAGACAUGUAGCUGCUGAUAGACUGGUUUCUGGUGCUUAUAAAUCUGAAUAUGGCCAGUCUGAAGAUCUGGAAGCUGUUAGAGAGAGAGUAGAGGCAUUCUUAGAAGAGGAAGGCCGUAGGCCUCGUGUUCUUGUAGCCAAGAUGGGCCAGGAUGGUCAUGAUCGAGGUGCCAAAGUUAUUGCAACAGGAUUUGCAGAUUUGGGCUUUGAUAUUGAUAUUGGACCUCUGUUUCGAACUCCUGAUGAAGUUGCUCAACAGGCUGUAGAUGCUGAUGUUCAUGCAGUGGGUGUCAGUAGCUUGGCUGCUGCCCACAAAACUUUAGUUCCUCAACUUGCAGCAGCAUUGAAAAAGUUAAAUAGAGAGGAUAUUCUAAUAUUUGUUGGUGGUGUAAUUCCUCCUCAAGACUAUGACUUCCUUUACAAAGCAGGGGCAGCUGCCAUAUUUGGGCCAGGUACCAAGAUUCCUGCUUGUGCCAUGCAAGUUGUAGACCUUAUUACAAAAAAUAUCCAAGAAAAAGAAAAACAAAGAGUCUAAGAGUAAAAUGUGCAAUCAGUCAUUUUGAAAUGAAUCUCUUAUGAAAUCUCAUACUUUUUAACUUCUGGUCUUUUUAUUGACAGUUGUAUACAAAUAAUGCCCAGCAUUUAUUUACCAACGUUUUUGUUUAUAUUGAAAUAACUGUUUACCUAUAUUUUUUUAACUUAUAGGUAAUUUUGCAUAUUUCUUAUUUAAAAAUGCAUUUGAAUUGAAAUCUGAUAGAAAUUUUUGUUGCUAAUGGUCUUUACAAAACAUUCUUUUAAAUAUAUCUGUCUGAUAUAUCACGCUGAUGUCAAAAAAAGUACAAUUUGCAUUCAAAGUAUUUUCUAAAGAAGUCUUGUUAUCUACUUAAAUGAUCUGAUAUACCCUAUUAUUUUUAUUCCUGUUGGUUUG